CUUUCUCGAAGGCCGCCGGAUAAGUAAAAACGCGCGGGCAACGAAUACGUCGCCAUUUUCAAGAUUUCUUAGCGUCGCGACGGAUACCCGGUCUGAUACGAUCUUUCAUCGUGCGAAUGUGAAUGUCGUCACCAAACACCGCUCGAUUGCUGUUCAACUCUCUCGCUGCCAAUUGUUCACAUCAGGGAAUGAAAAUUUCAAGUCAGUGCUGACAACUUUUUGCGUCUUAUUAUCGUUGUCGCGGCCGAUCACCAUUUACGAUUGCUACGCGUGCCGUUGCCUUCUCAGCUGUGAUUACUGUGAAUCACGGCGCACGUGCUUACGCUCAUGUAGAAUCAUGUGCGUGAUCGGAGGCAUUUCUUUCAACGACGUAUCAUUUUUCGGCGAUGUACCCGCGGUUCUCUCGUUGCCACUCUAUGAAUCUCAUCUAUGACAGCGUCUUCAACAGCGUUCGACGCGGACAUGACAGAAGAAACGGACGGCCGUGUUCCGCGUCGAAUGCGUGUCGCAACCUCGUGCUUGUCGACGAGUCACGCGUUCACGCUCGCAUCUUCUGGCAAUGUGCAAGGCUAGCGUGGCUCUCGUUAAACCUGAAAACUGCUCGAUUCUCGCGCAACACGAGAUUGUUCGCACGGAGAUUCAACGUACUUUUAUAGACAAUGAAACCGCAGAUAGAUAGUAAAUUGUACACGACAUCUUAAACGCGAUGCAUCGACAAGAACAAACGUCUUAACAUUCGGAGCUUCGAUGCUUACAGAUUCUUUGAUGUCAUUGAUUCGCUUAUAUACAUCUCGCAUUAAACGUAGUGAAACAUGAUGGCUGAUUUCGAUAAAGAUUCUAUGCAAUGUUGUUUGGUGUGUAACACUAAAGUUGGGCUAUCUGCUAGAAACAGUAUACCCAUCUUUGAUGAGUCUUAUACCAUAUCUAAGAAACCACUUGUGGAUGUUAUAUCAGCUGUUUUAGGCAUUGAUAUUAGUCAUGACUCUGUGCAUUCUCCUAUCAUUUGCAAAAAGUGUUUUAAGCAGUUCAAUGAGGCAGAUGAACUUAAAAGUAAAGUAACGAAACUCAAAACAGAAUUAUGUAACAGCUAUAAAAAGACAAUUGAAGUUCACAAGUUGUGUGAUAUAUUUCAAAAUGAAGAAUAUAACGAUCAUGAUUAUACAGACAAUACAGAAAGUCAAAAUAUUUUAACAAAGGAAGUGCAGGAAAGUGCAGAAGAGAUUACGCAAGAAAAAAAAGAACAAGAAUUGUUUAUAGAACAAGAUAACUCUUUACAUUACUUCACAGAAGUUGAAGAAGAAGAUGAAACAAGUAAUUCGAAUGAUACAAAGAAAUCAAAGAAGAGUAAAAUUAAAGUAGAACAACCUCAAGAAGAUAUUGUAUUUAGAAAUGAAUCUUCAUACACCUGUUUGGUAUGUCCAAACGACGAAGAAAAAUUCACGGCAGAUGCUAAACUCAUUAUAACUCACAUGAAAGACGUACAUGACUUACGUUUGUAUAUUUGUGAUGUAUGUGGGCAGGAUUUUAGAAAGAGAAACGAACUUUCCACACAUCUCGAUGAUCACGUCGCAAAAGAGGAAGGGGACUUUCAAUGCGAAAUAUGUAAUAGAAUAUUUAGUAAUUUGCGAUUAUUCCGUAUUCAUAAAAGAAUACAUUAUCCGCAAGUAAAAUCAUGGCCCUGUGAAACAUGUGGAAAGAGAUACAAUUCCAAAAAUUUAUUAGAGGAACAUAUAAACACACACACUGGUGUUCGUCCAUAUAUAUGUGAAAUCUGUGGCAAGGACUUCGCAUCCAAGUAUACAUACAAAGCGCACGUAAAAACGCACGAAAUACGACCUCGUCCAUUCGAGUGUACUCAGUGCAAUAAAACAUUUUUGAGCCAGCAAAAUUUGAAUCAACAUGAACGAACGCAUAAUGGCACAAAGGAAUUUGUAUGCCAUCAGUGUGGUAAGGCUUUUACUUCUGCACAUAAUUUAGAGGUACAUAAUAUAGUACAUACCGGAUUUAAACCCUAUGACUGUAGUAUAUGUGGUAAAUCGUUUGCGCGUAAAGCGGAAAUUCGUGAUCAUGAGAGAACUCACACAGGUGAGAAACCUUAUCAGUGCGAGUUUUGUGGAGCUACAUUUAGUCAAAGAUCGAAUCUACAAUCUCACAAGCGAGCGACGCAUUAUAAUGAUAAACGUUAUAAGUGUGACGAAUGUGGAAAAGGUUUUAAAAGAAAAAGAUUAUUGGAUUAUCACAUAAAAGCGGCGCACACUGGUGAAAGACCGUAUAAGUGUGAUAUAUGUGCAGCUACAUUUGUCUACCCUGAGCACUUUAAGAAGCAUACACGUAUACAUACAGGCGAAAAACCAUAUCUUUGCGAGGUUUGCGGCAAAGCAUUUAAUAGCAGAGAUAACAGAAACGCUCACAGAUUUAUACAUAGCGAUAAAAAGCCAUAUGAAUGUUUGGUGUGUGGCAUGGGUUUCAUGAGAAAACCAUUACUUUACGCACACAUGCAAGUUCAGGGUCAUUUGAAUGAUACCAUAGUAGUAAACCAACCACGAUUGACAACGGAAGAAGAGCAAGUAAUAACUAUUCCCAAUAAUAACGAACUACUAAUGGAAAAAGUUGAGAAUGAAGAGCUUGGUGAAACUGGAUUAUACGUAACUGAACUGAAAGAUCAUGUUAUUAUACAAGAAGGGGAAGAUCAGAUAUAUAAUGAAGAGGAUGUUGUAUUAAAUAUACCAGCAGAAGAAACCGUAACUGAUGAAGUAAAUCAUCUUGUUGAAGAUCAGAUAAAUUUUGUGGAGAGUGAAGUUACUGCAGACGAUUGUAAAGUUGAAACUGAAGUAGAAACGGUAUACACUUAUAACGAGAACGAAGAAGGCGAGACAAUAGUUGUACCAUCCGCUUCGCAAGAAGAAGAUAAGAAUGUGCGAUUAGUACAGAUUAGAUUUCCGACUUCUGUAGAUGGAGAAGGCAGAAGUUGGUUAAGCUUAGUACAAAAUACUUGAAUUAAUUAAUCAAGACGUUAUAUAAUUUACUAGGUACAGAAAGUAGAUAUAGACAACACAGAAUCUAAAAUCAGGACAUAAGACUGAUGAGCUUUCUACAAUAAACUGUUACUUAGGCUUUAAGUCUUAAGCCAUAAGAAAUUAAUUAUAGUCUA